ACAAGAAGAGAUUGUAUAAAAAUAUUGCUGAAUUUUGUACUCACCAGUCAAUGUCUUGAGAUACUGGGAAGUGGAAGCAUCAGUACCUGGAUAUUUGGCAGUCAGGCUCUAACAUGGACGGAGGUAAAGGAGCUUACAUCAGGCAGUACACAGCAGCUCUUUCUGCUACACUGCUAAUGGUCAUAGCAGCUGCUGUGUAUGGCUGGACUUCACCAACACUUCCUAAAAUCCUUGCAGAUGACUCUCCCAUUCCCACAACGCCCGAUCAAAGCUCAUGGAUAACAUCAAUGUUAAUAAUAGGCGGAGCAGCAGGACCAGUUGCUACCAUUUUAAUGGUGGACAGGCUAGGACGAAAGAUCACUCUACUUUCAGCUGCAAUACCCGUAACCAUUGGCUUGGUUUUGAUUUUAGUGGCUACAACUCCGGAAAUUUUGUAUGUUUCGCGAAUUUUCUGCGGAAUGACUUACGGAAUGAGCUAUGCAACCAUGACCAUGUACUUGGGAGAGAUCUCUUCGGAUAAAAUUAGAGGAUCAAUCGGAACUUUGCUGACUGUCAUGGUAAAAAUUGGUAUACUUUAUGUCUACGCAAUUGGACCAUACGUAUCAAUAAGCAUGUUGGCUUGGUUGAUGAUGAUCUUGCCUGCUCUCUUUGUUUUAACAUUCAUCUGGAUGCCAGAAACUCCAUACUUCCUUCUUCUGAGAAAUCGUCCAAAAGACGCAGCUAAGAGCCUCAAGUGGCUGAGGAAAACUGAUGAUGUUACCGAAGAGCUUGGGAAAAUGAAUGAAGCGGUGAAAAAAGCUCAAGACAAUCGUGGAACUAUAAGGGAAUUGCUUCAUCGGAAUAAUAGACUGGGCCUUGUCAUUACUAUGGGAAUGGGAGCAUGUCAACAGCUCUGUGGAAGUCAGGCCCUAAUUGCUUAUUCAGAGCAAAUCUUUGAGGAAGUAGCGAGUGGAUUAGGGGGAAGUGAAUCUGCGAUUAUUAUGGCUGUUGUGCAGCUCAUAGUAGCGUCUUUCUCAUCCUCAAUUGUCGAUCGUUGGGGCAGAAGACCAUUGCUUCUGCUCUCAACAUGCGGAGUGACAAUUUGCAAUACCAUCGUGGGCGUUUACUUCUACCUGCUCCACAUAGACGUGGACAUGGAUGCACAUGCUUGGCUACCAAUUACUACCAUCAUGAUCUUCAUUAUUACAUAUACAAUCGGUUUGGCAACUGUUCCAUUUGCCCUAAUGUCCGAAAUCUUUCCAACAAACAUCAAAGCUCUAGCUACGGCAUCCUUUACUCUUGCUGCAGGAGUCUGCGCCUUUAUCGUUCUUAAGCUCUACCAAGUGGUUUCAGAUAAUAUUGGGAUGCAUGUUUCAUUUUGGGGAUUUGCAGGAUUUAGCCUUUUCUUUGUUGUCUUUGUCUAUUUUCUAGUUCCUGAAACUAAAGGCCGUCCUCUCGAUGUGAUUCUUGAGGACAUGAAAACUCCUUUUAAGCGUGGAAAGAAGGAUAUAGAAAAGGCAGAUGUUCCAGUCAAGUGGAAGCAUCAAUAUCUGGAUAUUCGACAAUCAAACUUGAACAUGGACGGAGGUAAAGGAGCUUAUAUCAGGCAGUACACAGCAGCUUUUUCUGCCACACUUAUUAUGGUCACAGGAGCUGCUGUUUAUGGUUGGACUUCGCCCACACUUCCUAAACUCCUCGCGGAUGACUCUCCAAUUCCCACAACGCCCGAUCAAAGUUCAUGGAUAGCAUCAUUAUUAAUAAUAGGAUCAUUUGCUGGACCAGUUGUGACAAUUCCAAUCGUGGACAGGUUGGGACGAAAGAUCACUCUACUUUCAGCUGCAAUACCCGUAACCAUUGGCUUGAUUUUGAUUUUAGUGGCUACAACUCCGGAAAUGUUGUAUGUUUCGCGAAUUUUCUGCGGUAUUACCUAUGGAAUGGGCUAUGCAAGCAUGUCCAUGUACUUGGGAGAAAUCUCUUCAGAUAAAAUCAGAGGAUCAAUUGGAACUUUGCUGACUGUCAUGGCGAAAUUUGGUAUCCUUUACGUUUAUACGAUUGGACCGUAUGUAUCAAUGAGUAUGUUAGCUUGGAUGCUGAUGAUCUUGCCUGCUCUCUUUGUUUUAACAUUCAUCUGGAUGCCAGAAACUCCCUACUUUCUGCUUUUGAGAAAUCGUCCAAAAGACGCAGCCAAGAGCCUCAAGUGGCUAAGGAAAACCGAUAAUGUGGCAGAAGAACUUGUCAAAAUGAAUGAAGCAGUGAAAAAAGCUCAGAAUAAUCGUGGAACUCUUAAGGAUUUGUUUUCUCGCGGUAAUCGAUUAAGUCUCGUCAUCUGCUUAGCAAUGGGAGCAUGUCAGCAACUCUGUGGAAGUCAAGCUGUAAUAGCUUAUUCUCAGCAAAUCUUUGAGGAAGUAGCGAGUGGAUUAGGAGGAAGUGAAUCUGCGAUUAUUAUGGCUGUUGUGCAGCUCAUAGUAGCGUCUUUCUCAUCCUCAAUUGUCGAUCGUUGGGGCAGAAGACCAUUGCUUCUGCUCUCAACAUGUGGCGUGACAAUUUGCAACACCAUCGUGGGCGUUUACUUCUACCUACUCCACAUAGAAGUAGACAUGGAUGCACAUGCUUGGCUACCAAUUACUACCAUCAUGAUCUUCAUUAUUACUUAUACAGUGGGAUUAGCAACUGUUCCAUUUGCCUUGAUGUCUGAACUCUUUCCUACAAAUAUCAAAGCAUUGGCCACUGCUGCUUUUACUGUAGUUGCCGGAGCUUGUGGAUUUGGUAUCCUCAAGCUCUAUCAAGUGGUUUCAGAUAAUAUUGGGAUGCAUGUGUCAUUCUGGGGCUUUGCUGUGUUUAGCUUUUGCUUUUUUGUCUUUGUCUAUUUCCUAGUUCCUGAAACUAAGGGUCGUCCUCUUGAUGUGAUUCUCGAAGAAAUGAAAUCUCCGUUUAAGCGAGGGGAAAAAGGCGUCAGUGAGACCGAGAAUGAAUCAACGAUAAAGGACCCAUAA